GUAUGUGAACACGUGACUAGUACUGGUAGCUGGCAGUAUACAAGACGGUCACACAGCUGCAACACCUCAGUCACUCUACCACCUCCAUCAGGCGACCAUUGUACUGCUUAUACUAUCAUUUUAACUUCUCUUUUAUUCACUUAGCUCGUUAAAGUGAGUGGAUAUGGAGCGUGCCAUGGUAAACCACCAAGGUGGGUGCCACUGUGGUGCUGUCAGGUUCCAGGUGGUGGCACCUUCACACAUCAAAGUCAUUGAGUGCAACUGUAGCAUCUGCGUGAAGAAGCAGAACAAGCAUUUUGUUGUUCCAUCCACCAACUUCAAGUUACUGAAGGGUCACGACUCCCUCACCACGUACACUUUCAACACUCACACAGCCAAGCAUACCUUCUGCACCGUCUGCGGUGUCCAGCCUUUUUACAUCCCUAGAUCCAACCAAGAUGGCUAUGGCAUCGCGCCCCACUGCUUGGAUGAAGGCACUGUUAAGAAGAUAACACUUGAAAAAUUUGAUGGAAAGGACUGGGAACAGGACAUCAAGAAAAAGUCCCAUAUAGUCAAUUACUCAAAAUAAAGAAAUAAUACACUGAUAUAAUUUUUAAAUUUUCAGUUUGGUUCUGUUUAUAUAUGUAUAUGGAUAAACAUACAUACUAAGGUUCGUGACCCUGUCCAUUCUCCUGUUUAAUCACUGACAGUUGUUUAUAUUGUAUAAUUUUCAAGCGAAUGAUAAUAAAGAUUUAGGAAGCA